AAUUGGACCUUGAUCUUUUCUAAAAUACGAAGCCUCAAAGUUGAGCUGCAGCAGUCAAGAACAUCAGGAGGCAAUGAUCGAGCUACCUCUCCAUGGCUUUCCUCUUCCACAAAUUUCAAGAGGCGGUGAAAAUUCUUGCUAAAAGCCCCACAUUCGCCAGAGCUAGAGAGGCAAGGCAUCUUCAGUUUGAAGCUGACAUAAAUCUCCUCUUCCUGUAUACUAGUUACAACCGUUUAGGAAGGAAUGCUGAUGAAGCUGAUGCAGAGGAGAUUAUCGAUAUGGCUAACAAGGCCUCCUUAGCUGAUCAACGGAAGCAGGUCCAUGAGAAUGUGCAUUCUCAAGUCACAAGCUUUUGCGGAUAUAUGAAUGACAUAUUACUCCCUGAUCAUAAGUUCAAAGACAAUCAGGCCACAUCACCUACAACAACAAGUUCUUCUCCUGAAAACAGUGGGCUCGGGGUUGCUGUUGGUCAGAAUUCUCCACUACAAGUCGACACUGCUGUACCUGAAACCAAGGCAUUGCAGCGCGCAGAGGUUUCACAGAGGUUAAAGGAUCUUAUGGGCUACACUCUCGAGGUCAAACCGUCUCAAAUUCCUCAUGAGGAUGCUGGGAAAGGUUUAUUCUUACAUGGUGAGGCCAAUAUUGGUUCUGUCGUAACAUUUUAUCCUGGGGUAGUUUACUCUCCAGCCUCUUACCCUAGAAUUGAUGCCCAAAAUUCACAUUUGAUCACACGGUAUGAUGGGACUGUGAUCAAUGCACAGCCUUGGGGUGUUGGUGGCGAAUCUCGUGAAAUAUGGGAUUGGACUCGUCUUGCCGAACCUAAGCACACGAUGCAACCUGAUGCAAAAGGUUCUGAUGGAGUUGAGAGGAUGCUCAGCAAGCCAUUGGAUGAAACACAUGUUGGAGGUAACCGCGAAGUGUUGGAAAGGAGAAACCCUCUAGCCUUUGCUCAUUUCGCCAACCACCCGGCAAAAGGCAUGGUUCCUAAUGUAAUGGUAUGCCCUUAUGAUUUUCCCCUCCUUGAGAAGGACAUGAGAGCCUAUAUACCUAAUGUUUCAUUUGGGAAUGGUGAAGAAACAGACACGAGGAGAUUAGGCAGCUUUAGGUUCAAACCGUGGAAGUCCAGCAAUAAUGAACCAGAUGUCCCUGUACUGAGGACACUUGUUUUUGUGGCUACUAGAGCAAUUUGUGAUGAAGAGGUUCUGCUGAACUACAGACUGAGCAACUCAGAGCACAUACCGUCGUGGUACACUCCAGUAGAAGAAGAGGAUUGAAGGAGGUGGACCUAAGAUCAUUAUGAUCGACACAUGUUGAAGUUUCAAACAUAUAUAAACAAGCAGGUUUAAUUUACCAUUGCUCAGGCCAAGACAGAAUGAAGGCAUUAAUUUUGGUGAGAGUAUCUAAAUCCCCUUUCAGUUUUCAUGCUUUUGAAAGCUUUAACUAGUACUAACAUUUAUAGCUGACAAAGGAAUUUUGUCAAGAAAUUGUCUUGCUGAUUCCAGAUAGAGUUGAACUUUGCCACAUCACGACGAAUGGUUAUAUUUUCCCUUAGUUACAGAAUAAGGCAGGAAAAGGAAUGCGUCUUAGUUGAAAUUAUGCACUUGUGACUGUUGUGAUAGUCAAUAGCAUGCUCUUUUUGUGCUUCAUUAUCCAAUUAAGAGUCAGGAGUCAUGACUUA